GACACUGUGCCGCCAAGUGCCCAAAUGAGGUGGCAGGAGCAGGUACUGGGCGUGGCUUUUGCCUAUAACAACAACAUUAAAGAAGAGAUUACAGGAAGAGAGGAGACAGACUGCAACAGUUCUACUACACGGUGCAAGUGCACAAAGGCUUUUAAGGGCUUCACAUAAACAUGGACGAUUCACCAGAGAAGAGCUAUGACCCCUUUGAUAGCACUUUGGUGUUUGUCGACAGGAAGGAUGACCUGGAUCCAUUCUCCUCAGAAGAUGGAAAUGGACAACUUAGGGCGCAGAUGUCCUGUGGUCAUGCUGUUACUCCUGAUUCUCUCACACAGUUGUGUCGCCACCAACUAGACCAGGGUAAUUAUAAAUUCAAAUGCCCUGCAAUAGUGCAGGGCACAAGACGAUGCAAUAAGCCCUGGUCUUAUCAGGAGGUGCGCCGUUUGGCUGAUUUGUCUGUAGAGGAGAUGCAGUACUUUGAGGAGAACAUCGCUCGUCUGGCUGCUGCGGAGCACAGCGAGAUUCAGCCUUGUCCUCGAUGUAAAAGUAAUGUUGAGAGGAAAGAUCUCACUAACCUGUGUGUGGUGUGCCCUGUGUGCACUGCUGAUCAGGGGAAGAGCUAUCAGUUCUGUUGGCAGUGCCAGAAGCUGUGGAAAGGAGCAGCUCCGUGCUCUGAUCGCUGUGACAACGAUGGCUGCUCCAACAAGAACCUGGAGCUUCUGCAAACCUGUAAAACCAUCGACCUGCCUGAAGUGCGGGGGGCCAUAAACUGCCCCUCUAUCCGAGCCUGUCCUAAGUGUGGUGCAAUGGUAGAGCAUAGUAGAAAAAAAUGUAAAAACCUCAGAUGUCCUCGUUGUCACGUCGAAUUCUGUUUUGUGUGUUUAAAACUUACAAGGAAAUGUGGUAAGACCAGUACACCAUUCAUCCUGUGUCAAAGUGGAGUGGCCCCAAGACAGACUUCAAUCCCAGUGUGGAAGAAACCUAGACAUGGAAGAGAAAGGGAAAGUGUGAGGGGAGUUGAUGACUUAUUUGUUCAACAACUCAGAAUGAUAGAAGUACUACGUCAACAUCAAGGAAGGCAAAUGAGACUAUUGAGAAAUGACAAUGAGGUGGAAUACUUUUCAGAUUGAUAUAGACCUACUGAUUGAUAUUUCCAUCAGGACACUUCCUAUUAUAAAACAGUUAUGCAGAACAAUGUAAACUUAAUUUUAUUUUUUUAUUGAUAAUUCAAGAUGUAUCUUCUAGUAACUGAACUAAGAUGUAUUUUAUUGUCUUGUUAGUGAGUGUUGUAAUACUAAUGCUCCCUACACUUUGACUGGUUGUAUAAAUGUGUAUCUAUUUUCCUGUCUUGUUCUCGUCAACAAAAUAAAGAUAACUUGCCUCUUAGAA